UAUUUUACCAUUUUCAGACGUCAUAUUAUACUGAUUGGAAGUUUUUUUUAAACUAUUUUCAAUUUGAUGGUUUUAUUAUUCAGCAAUCAUUCAGAAAAGAAAAAUAAUAAUUAAAAAAGUGUACUCCAGGAGGAUAUUAUAAACAGAUUUUAAAUUAUAAAUGAAAAGAAAGGAUACUAUGAUUUUUCGAAAGGGUUAAAAAAAAAGUUUUCUUAUAGCAGAAAAGGAAGAAGAGUCAAAAUGGGCCUUUUAACAGUAUUAAAGAAAUUAAAACAAAAAGAGAAAGAAAUGAGGAUUCUUAUGUUGGGCUUAGACAAUGCAGGGAAGACAACAGUUUUAAAAAGGAUUAAUGGAGAACCAAUCGAUACAAUUUCGCCAACACUAGGAUUCAACAUUAAGACUUUGGAACAUCGUGGUUAUAAAUUAAAUAUUUGGGACGUUGGUGGACAAAAAUCAUUACGAUCUUAUUGGAGAAAUUAUUUUGAAUGCACGGACGGUCUUAUUUGGGUCGUGGACAGUGCAGAUAGAAGAAGACUUGAGGACUGUAAAAUCGAAUUGCACAAAUUGUUACAAGAAGAAAGAUUAGAGGGUGCUAGUUUAUUAGUAUUCGCUAAUAAACAAGAUUUGACUGGUGCACUUUCAGCAUCGGAAAUUGCGGAAGUAUUAGAAUUGCCGAAUAUAAAGUCUCAUCAUUGUCAAAUUUUUAAAUGUUCCGCCGUUACUGCUGAAAAUUUAGUUGAGGGCAUAAAUUGGAUUCUUGACGACAUUGCAGCAAGAAUAUUUUAUUUGGAUUAAAUAAAAUUUUGAUUUCAUAUUUUAAUUUCUACAUUAAUUAAAUAAUUUAUAAUAUUUAUGAUAAUAAUAAAUUAAUAAAUUAAUUAAAAAUUUCUAUGUUA